GGGCGCAGGCUCGGCGGCGUACGUGGUGUUCGUGGACGUCCAGCGGGCCGAGCGGCCUUUGCAGCACUUCUGGAGGAGCACUGGCUUCUGCCUGAGAAACAUCCAUUAAUUCUGCAGAAGAAACUUUGGAGAGCUGCAAAUGUAAAGAAACACACGAGGAGAGGGAAGAAAAGCAGCAGCAGAGGCUCUCUAUGGCCCUCCUUUACCUCACAGCCAUGCUGACCUGUUUGACCUGAGCAAAGACCAAGAGAUGAACCUUGCCUACAUUUCUUCUGUUCCGCAUGGUGGCAUUGAACAAGUUAGAAUUCACUGGUUACUGGAAUUAGUUGCUCUCAGGGUGAUGAAUGGGAAACUUCACUGCAAUUUUACUGCCUUGGAUAACCUUAUGGAUUGCCUGUGGAAAAAUAAGCUAAUUCCAGGAUUUGAAUUGAUGGGAAAUCCAUCAGCAUAUUUUUUUAAUUUUGAAGAUAAAGAACAAGUAGUAAGAUGGAGAAACUUAAUUGCACUUCUGGCCAGCAGAUACAUAGAUAGGUAUGGAUUGGAGCAUGUUGCUAAAUGGAAUUUUGAAACAUGGAAUGAACCAGACCAUCAUGACUUUGACAAUGUGUCUAUGACAGUGAAAGGGUUUCUCAACUAUUAUGAUGCUUGCUCAGAAGGAUUAAGAGCAGCAAGUCCUCUACUAAAAUUUGGAGGGCCUGGGGAUUCCUUCCACCCCUUACCCAGGUCACCCAUAUGCUGGAGUCUUCUGUGUCAUUGCUACAAUGGAACCAACUUCUUCACAGGGGAGACUGGUGUAAGGCUGGACUACAUCUCUCUCCAUAAGAAGGGAGGUGGAAGUUCUCUCUCCAUCUUGCAACAAGAAGUAGAAGCUGUUGAAGAAAUUCAGAAGCUCUUUCCAACUUUUGCAACUGUUGCGAUAUACAAUGAUGAAGCAGAUCCAAUGGUUGGAUGGUCCAUUCCACUACUGUGGCGAGCUGAUGUGACCUAUGCAGCUAUGGUUGUAAAGGUAAUCAUCCAGCAUCAAAACCUGCUGAUUUCCAAAGCUAAUAACACCAUCAACUACACACUGCUGAGUAAUGACAAUGCCUUCUUGAGCUACUAUCCCCACUACUUCACACAGCGCACUCUGAUAGCACGUUUUCAGAUGAACAAUACAAAGCCACCUCAUGUCCAGAUGGUGCGGAAACCAGUGCUGACUGUCAUGGGCCUGCUGGCACUGCUAGGAGAAAAGCAGAUUUUUGCAGAAGUGAAGAGCAGUGAAGGUAAAAGCACCCAAAACGCCACAGUUGGUGUCUUGGCAUCUGUGCACACCCCAAGUGAGAUGCAACCCUCAGACAGCUGGCAAGCUACUAUACUGAUAUACUCAAGUGAGGAUAACAGGACUUCAUCCAACAUCAGUACCAUCACAGUGAAUGCCACCCACUUCCCCAAACUUAGAGAACUGGUGUAUGUGACAUAUUACCUGGAUAACAACCAAACCAAUCCCUACCUGAAGUGGAGAGGGCUAGGAAGUCCUGACUUUCCUUCCCCAGAACAGUUCCGUCACAUGAGGGAUGCUGAGGAUCCAGUGACAGUAGGCCCAUUGCCAUUUCCUGAAGGUGGCAUCCUGAUGCUGAAGCAAGACUUUCCUAUUCCCUCUGUCUUCCUUAUCCACAUUUGUGCAAGACCCAGUUCUGUUCCUAAUCAAGUGACCGAUGUUCGUUUGAUCCCUCUCACAAAGGGACAGGUUAUUGUGUUGUGGGACGAUGGCCAUGUAAAUUCAAAAUGUAUAAAGACGUUUGAAGUGGAGUUCUCACCAGAUGGACAAGUAUACCAGCGGAUUAAUGCCAAAGACACAAUAUUCACCCUCUGGGUCUAUAGUCCUGGAAGCUCAGUCUCUGGCUUUUACAGAGUGCGAGCCAUUGAUUACUGGGGGAAAGCAGGCCUACCCUCUCUCUCUGUGGAGUAUGUUGAAGAUUGCAAGUGACUGAAGAGUGGUGCCUGGCUUGGUGUCUGAGUGGUAUAUGCUCUCUGCAAGUGACAACUCUCCAGAAAAAUAAAAUCCUCCCAAGCUGAGGAAGGAGUAUCAAAGGACUUGAUGAAGCAAGUUAGGAAUGCAAGUUAGGAGCCACUGCUCCUAUUAACUUUUCAGAACACAACUGACAACAGAGCUGGAGCAACUGUAAGAGGCUGCCAUAGGAUUGGGAUUCAGCUUGGUAACUAGGAAUUUGGGCAAGAAGUAUUUUUAAUUCCUUAUUCUACACUGAGCUAAUGACCAGGACAGCCAAAGAUUUAUAGAGGUCACAAACUGCUGCAGAAACAGGAUUGUCACUUCACUGCAUGCAUGAGAAUGGCAGCAAAGGCACAAGGAGGACCUGUCUGAGAGUGAACUACCUGUCUCAGAUGCCAGGCUGUCUUGACAUAAUGGUUUGAUGAAAAAGCACACAGCAAACAGAUGUGUCCAGAGAGUGAGGGGAAGGAGCCUAUUCCCUGGCCAUUUAGAUGUGCAGUGGGUUAUUUCAGAGCACCUGCCAUGUCUUCAGGCAAAUUAGGUUCUCCGUGCUGUCACAGAGGGGUUUUCACCCUGCUCUCUGUAUUUGUGACAGUUAUUUGGUUUCCAGAGCUAUGUCCCUCACAUGGGCAGAGGAAGACAUCACAGCUCAUCCUCAGAGGGGAAGAAGGCAUAAGAAGGCUUAGGAAUCUAGUCUCUAGAUUUCCCUGAUUUUCUCCUUGCUGCUUUUUCCAAGUCACCUGUGUGCGCUGAAGCUGUCAGCUGCUGCCUCUUCAUAGACUAACCCUGAAAGCCCCUUGCUCUCUCCAUUGCUGUUACACAGCCUGGCCUUCUACAGUCUUUACAGCUUACAUCUUUUCCCUAGGAUGCCUCCACUCUUAGACUGCAAAUGACCUGAGGGUUGGGUUUGGGUGGCCAGGAGACAACUGAAAUGCUAGUUGGAAGCUUUUGUGUUUUCAUAUUGCAGGACAGCACACUCAAUUUUACAAUGCAUGUGCAAAACCAUGUGGUAGCCUGAGAUCAUGGGCUGCAGAACACCUCUGUCUGUCCUUGCAGCUGCCAAACACUUUAUGUAACAGUGAAAUUCCCUGAAAUUGCAGGGGUGGUUUUUUCCUCUCCCCUUUUCACAACUGGCACUGUUUGAACUGUGCUUUUAAAAUGCUUGUAGAGGGAAGGAUAAUGCCAGUGAAAACAGCUGGAGUGUUUUCUAUAAUAGGAGCAACUUUGUCACA